GUUUCUGCUGCAUAUAGGACCUGUCUCCCUCCCUCUUCCCAGCACACUUUCAGCUAAAGCUUAAUAUUGAGUUCUGGGGCCUCCUUCCAGCCUUAAAUUUUAGCUUAAAAUCUUCAGCUGCCUGGGUCAUGACUCUGCUAUUCUCCUUGAUCUUUGCUAUUUGUACAGGACCUGUCCUCUUAGAGUCUUUAUCCAGAGUGCGACUGGUGGGAGGCCCUCACCGCUGUGAAGGGCGGGUGGAAGUGGAACUAAGGGGCCACUGGGGCACUGUGUGUGAUGAUGACUGGGACAUAAAAGAUGUGGCUGUGGUAUGCCGGGAGCUGGGCUGUGGAGCAGCCAAGGGAACACCCAGUGGUGUUUUAUAUGAGCCAUCGACAGAAAAAGAACAAAAAAUCCUCAUCCAAGAGGUUAAUUGCAGUGGGAUAGAAGAUACACUGUUACAAUGUAAGCACAGUGAAGAUGUUUUUGAUUGCGGGCACAACGAGGACGCAGGAGCAUUAUGUGAGAUUCCAGAGAGCGUGCGGCUGGCUGGUGGCCUUGGGCGAUGCAAGGGGAGAGUGGAGGUGAAGCAUCAAGGGAAGUGGGGCACCGUGUGCUAUGCAGGCUGGAGCCUAUCAGCCGCAAAAGUGGUGUGCCAGCAGCUGGGUUGUGGGAAGGCCAUACUGACCCAAAGAUUGUGCAACAAGGCUACCCAGGGCCAAGGAACCAUCUGGCUGAGCCAGGUGUCAUGCUCAGGACAGGAAGUUACCCUUCAGGAUUGCCCUUCUGGACAUUGGGGGAAGAACAACUGCACGCAUGAUGAGGACACAUGGGUUGAAUGUGAAGAUCCCUUUGACUUGAGACUGGUAGGAGGAGACAUCCGCUGCUCUGGGCGUCUGGAGGUGCUGCACAGGGGCGUAUGGGGCUCUGUGUGUGAUGAUGGCUGGGGAGAAAUGGAGGACCGAGUGGUAUGCAAGCAACUCGGCUGUGGGGAGUCCCUUUCUCCAUCUGUUAAAGCCCGAAGAAGCUUUGGCCCUGGUGUUGGCCACAUCUGGCUGGAUGACGUUCAUUGCUCAGGAAAGGAGCAGUCCUUGGAGCAAUGCCAGCACAGAUUCUGGGGGUAUCACAACUGCAACCACAAGGAAGAUGUGGCUGUGAUCUGCUCAGAACAAUAGCCUGGCCUCCCUGAUGCUUGAUCUGACCUCCACAGGACCCAAAUGUUUGAUUAUUUUCUCAUGGGCCCUAAAUGGCACAUCAUUAGCACUGGGCCUAUAGCUUUAGCCACCACUCCUGCUCUCAGUAGCAGUCUGAGCAUUGUGCUUAUACCUUGUUCUCAGAACCACGCACCCCAACUAUUGCUUGGACAUAUGGGUUGUUGAAUUCCUUCUUGCUGAGGAAGAUGAGCUCCCAUUAACCCUCUCUUCACUACUGAUUCCUUGGCAUUGGUUCUGGCCUCUCCUGCCUCUUCUCAAUCAGUCUGGAAUCCCCAUGCCUGUGAUUUGACCAGUACAGGCCACCACCAAGGCAAGAUCUAUGUCUGUAAAAACAUGAAAGGAAUCAGACAAUGAAAUAAAUAUUUGAAAGGCAA